GCGCAUGCCGCGCCUCGACGAGCCGGAAGGUUUCCCUUUCAUCGGCGACUCAAACCUGGAGGGGGCCGGGAACAAUCCCAUGAUGGUCCAUGAAGGCUAUGAUAAGUUGCGACAAUCCCUUCGCUUAGCCCCCCAAGGAAGCAUGUGGUUCUGCGCGGAGAUGACCAUCAACCACUUCGACAUGCUGAUUCUGACGGCGGUGCUCAUGUUCGAAGUCGCGUGGGCGGGUACGCGCGCAACUACACGCCGCCGCCCCGCUACCAUAUAAUUAGCCAAUUGCGUCGAACCCAGCUUUACUAUUAGUGAGAGUAUCCAAAUC